UCCCGCUCCCCGCGCUCUCGCCUUUUAAUCAUGCCCCUCUGUCUGUGUGUGAGUGCAGGCAGGCUGACAAUGAUUUCCUCAGUGAUUACGUACAGAGCGAGUCCCUGCGGGUUAGGGGCCCCCUCUGGAGCCAUCCUGAUGGCUUUGGGGGCCUUGCUUCCAUUUUCCAUUAUUAUGUGGACUACCGGAGCGACAGCGCAGUCCAAGACCUUGCAGACCCCAACUGUAAACUUGAAGACAAGACUGAAGAUGGAGAGGGGGCAAUAGAUUGUAAGAAGAGGCCAGAAGACGGGGAGGAGUUGGAAGACGAAGCUGUGCACAGCUGUGACAGCUGCCUCCAGGUGUUUGAAUCACUGAGCGAUAUCACAGAACACAAGAUUAAUCAAUGUCAGCUGACAGAUGGAGUGGAUGUUGAAGACGAUCCCACCUGUUCUUGGCCUGCUUCCUCACCUUCUAGCAAGGACCAGACUUCCCCUAGCCAUGGAGAAGGUUGCGAUUUUGGAGAGGAAGAAGGUGGCCCUGGACUUCCAUAUCCAUGUCAAUUCUGUGACAAGUCGUUUAGCCGCCUCAGCUACCUAAAGCACCAUGAGCAGAGUCACAGUGACAAACUGCCUUUCAAAUGCACCUACUGCAGUAGGCUGUUCAAACACAAGCGGAGCCGGGAUCGCCAUAUAAAACUCCACACCGGGGACAAGAAGUACCACUGCAGUGAGUGUGAUGCUGCGUUCUCCAGAAGUGAUCACUUGAAGAUCCACUUAAAGACUCACACAUCCAACAAGCCAUAUAAAUGUGCCAUUUGUCGCCGUGGCUUCCUCUCUUCUAGCUCCUUACACGGACAUAUGCAGGUUCAUGAGAGGAACAAGGACGGCUCCCAGUCUGGUUCCAGGAUGGAGGACUGGAAAAUGAAGGACACUCAGAAGUGCAGUCAGUGCGAGGAAGGCUUUGACUUCCCAGAAGACCUCCAGAAGCACAUUGCGGAGUGCCACCCCGAGUGCUCCCCAAACGAGGACCGGGCGGCCCUCCAGUGUGUCUACUGCCACGAGCUUUUUGUGGAAGAGACCUCCCUGAUGAACCACAUGGAGCAGGUGCAUAGCGGGGAGAAGAAGAACAUGUGCAGCAUUUGCUCAGAAAGUUUUCACAGUGUUGAGGAACUCUACAGCCACAUGGACAGUCACCAGCAACCGGAGUCGUGCAACCACAGCAACAGCCCUUCUCUGGUCACGGUGGGCUACACCUCCGUGUCCAGCACGACUCCAGAUUCCAACCUCUCCGUGGACAGCUCAACAAUGGUGGAAGCUGCCCCGCCGAUCCCAAAGAGUCGAGGGAGGAAGCGGGCAGCUCAGCAAACCUCUGACCUGACUGGUCCCUCAAGUAAACAAGCAAAGGUUACCUACAGCUGUAUUUACUGCAACAAACAGUUGUUCUCAAGUCUUGCAGUUCUGCAGAUUCACUUGAAAACUAUGCAUCUAGAUAAGCCAGAACAGGCCCAUAUUUGUCAGUAUUGCUUGGAAGUAUUGCCCUCACUCUACAACCUGAAUGAACAUCUUAAACAAGUGCAUGAAGCUCAGGACCCAGGUCUGAUUGUCUCUGCGAUGCCUGCCAUAGUCUACCAGUGCAACUUCUGUUCUGAAGUUGUCAAUGACCUCAACACUCUUCAGGAACAUAUCCGAUGUUCUCAUGGAUUUGCAAACCCAGCAGCUAAGGAUAGUAAUGCAUUCUUUUGUCCCCAUUGCUACAUGGGAUUUCUCACUGACUCUUCCCUUGAAGAGCAUAUAAGACAGGUCCAUUGUGACCUCAGUGGCUCCCGAUUUGGGUCUCCAGUGCUUGGGACUCCAAAAGAACCCGUAGUAGAAGUCUAUUCUUGUUCCUAUUGUACAAAUUCGCCAAUAUUCAACAGCGUUCUUAAACUGAACAAACAUAUCAAAGAGAAUCAUAAAAACAUUCCCUUAGCCCUGAAUUAUAUUCACAAUGGGAAGAAAUCCAGAGCUUUGAGCCCACUGUCUCCUGUGGCCAUUGAGCAGACAUCUCUCAAAAUGAUGCAGGCGGUGGGAGGUGCCCCCCCGCGUCCGGCAGGAGAAUAUAUCUGUAAUCAGUGUGGUGCUAAGUACACGUCCCUAGACAGCUUUCAGACUCACCUAAAAACUCAUCUUGACACCGUGCUUCCCAAGUUGACCUGUCCUCAGUGUAACAAGGAAUUCCCCAACCAGGAAUCGUUGCUGAAGCAUGUCACCAUUCAUUUUAUGAUCACCUCCACAUACUACAUCUGUGAGAGUUGUGAUAAGCAGUUCACGUCAGUGGAUGACCUUCAGAAACACCUGCUGGAUAUGCACACCUUUGUCUUCUUCCGUUGCACCCUUUGCCAAGAGGUUUUUGACUCAAAAGUCUCCAUUCAGCUCCACUUGGCUGUGAAGCACAGUAACGAAAAGAAAGUCUACAGGUGCACGUCUUGCAACUGGGACUUCCGCAACGAGACCGACUUGCAGCUCCACGUGAAGCACAACCACCUGGAAAAUCAAGGAAAAGUGCACAAGUGCAUUUUCUGUGGCGAGUCCUUUGGCACGGAGGUAGAGCUCCAGUGCCACAUCACCACCCACAGUAAGAAGUACAACUGCAAGUUCUGCAGCAAAGCGUUCCACGCGAUCAUCCUGCUGGAGAAACACCUGCGGGAGAAGCAUUGCGUAUUUGAAACCAAGACUCCCAACUGUGGAACCAAUGGAGCUUCUGAGCAAGUGCAGAAGGAGGAGGUAGAGCUCCAGACCUUGCUGACCAACAGCCAGGAGUCCCACAACAGUCACGAUGGGAGCGAAGAAGACGUGGACACCUCUGAGCCCAUGUACGGGUGCGACAUUUGUGGAGCAGCCUACACAAUGGAGACUCUGCUGCAGAACCACCAGCUGCGAGACCACAACAUCAGACCCGGGGAAAGUGCCAUUGUGAAGAAGAAAGCCGAGCUCAUCAAAGGGAAUUACAAGUGUAACGUGUGCUCUCGAACCUUCUUCUCUGAAAACGGCCUCCGUGAACACAUGCAGACCCACCUAGGACCUGUCAAACACUACAUGUGCCCUAUUUGCGGAGAGCGCUUUCCCUCUCUCUUAACUCUUACUGAACACAAAGUGACACAUAGUAAGAGUCUCGAUACUGGAAACUGCCGAAUUUGCAAGAUGCCUCUCCAGAGCGAAGAGGAGUUCCUAGAGCAUUGCCAAAUGCACCCUGACUUGAGAAAUUCCCUAACGGGAUUUCGCUGUGUGGUAUGCAUGCAGACGGUGACCUCCACCUUGGAACUGAAAAUCCAUGGGACAUUCCACAUGCAAAAGACAGGGAAUGGGUCAGCAGUGCAGACCACGGGGCGUGGCCAGCACGUCCAAAAACUGUACAAGUGCGCAUCUUGCCUCAAAGAAUUCCGUUCAAAGCAAGAUCUGGUGAAACUUGACAUCAAUGGUCUGCCAUAUGGUCUGUGUGCUGGCUGUGUGAAUCUCAGUAAAAGUGGUAGUCCAGGCAUCAACAUCCCUCCCGGCACGAAUAGACCAGGCUUGGGCCAAAAUGAGAAUCUGAGUGCCAUUGAGGGUAAAGGCAAGGCAGGGGGACUAAAGACGCGCUGCUCCAGUUGCAAUGUUAAGUUUGAAUCUGAAAGUGAACUCCAGAACCACAUCCAAAGCGUCCACAGAGAGCUCGUGCCAGAUAGCAACAGCACACAGUUGAAAACGCCACAGGUAUCACCAAUGCCCAGAAUCAGCCCCUCCCAGUCGGACGAGAAGAAGACCUAUCAGUGCAUCAAGUGUCAGAUGGUUUUCUACAAUGAAUGGGAUAUUCAGGUUCAUGUUGCAAAUCACAUGAUUGUACUCGAAGGUAAAUAUACCUGUACUUCCACCAGUGCCAGAAGUCCCAGAUGUGAGGGCAUUACUAAUGAAGGACUGAACCAUGAAUGCAAGCUCUGCAGCCAAACCUUUGAUUCCCCUGCCAAACUCCAGUGCCACCUGAUAGAGCACAGCUUCGAAGGAAUGGGAGGAACCUUCAAGUGUCCAGUCUGCUUCACAGUAUUUGUUCAAGCAAACAAGUUGCAGCAGCAUAUUUUCUCUGCCCAUGGACAAGAAGACAAGAUCUAUGAUUGUACACAAUGUCCUCAGAAGUUUUUCUUCCAAACAGAGCUGCAGAAUCAUACGAUGACCCAACACAGCAGUUAGUGCAAGGACCAUCUCUCAAGGAGAAUUAAUUUUGUGGCACAAAAAGGGAACAUGUUUUACUCUUUGCACGAAACUUCCAUUGUUAAUGUAUAUUAUUCAGAAACAUUGUAUUGUACCAUAAAACUUGUAUUAUCAAAACUGUUGGAUGUUCAUGUGUUUGAACUUUUGAGCACCGGAUAGACUCCUUGUAUAUAAUGUGUUGCACAUGUAUUAUGUCGUCUGAUACUAAAAUGGUCUUAUAAAGACAAGUGGACUUGGGCCCUAUUCAGGCAAGAUUAAAAAAAGGGGGGGCGGGGAGUGAGCAAAAAGGCUUAAGGGAAAGUAUUUUCAAGGAAGACAGAUAAAAAACAACUGUGUUACACAUGCAACCAUGUUUGGACUUCCUUUUAUUUACACUUAAGCCUAGAAUUUCUCUUUUGGUAUAUCAUCGGUUCAAUCCAAGACUAUUUUUUAUUGCUGAAGAUUCUUGCAAACCAUGAAGAGACGUUCUCACAGAGCAGAAACCCACAGCUGGAUAAGGCCCGUAUAUAUAUUUGUAAGCCUUGCGAUGUGACAGGUAGCAUCACCAUAUAUGCAAUAGUUGUUAUGUAGACUGUCAAAGAAUUUUUUUUUUCCUGGAUACAUUUGAAGCUUUGAGUGUUCAAGGUUUUCCUUAAUGAUUCACAAAGCCAAAUUCUUGAAUCAGUUGAACUAACCUGUAUGUUACUGUUAUUAAUGUUUACUCUGCGGUCUGAACCUGGAGAUUACUGGAAUUGUUUUCCAAGAGGAAAUAAAUUCAGUUUACCAUUAGGUGUGAGUGUAUUUGUGUGUUUUCUUUUUCUAGUUACUCUACCAUUAAAAAAAAAAAAAUCUAAUUGCUUGCACCCUUGGAUAUGAAAUCUGCUCUUGAGUGUAGCACAGGCCUAACCCCAAUCAUAUUUAACCUUUUCACACCGGGCCAAAUGCAGCUGGGAGGACAUUCAUCAUACUGCGUAGGGAAGGAAUCAGACCCAAUACACUUCUUCUCUCGUAGACACUAACAGGUCACAUUGUACUUGAGCGUUCUGACAUCACAGAUGGAUGUGAUAGCUGUUUUCUGCAUAAUUUGCAGCCCAAUUCGUGUCAUGCUGUGCAAAUCUGAGCUCAAAGUAGAUCGCUGCGAUUUGAGAGGCAGUAUGGCUUAUGUGUACUUAAGAAGCAGCACUGUUCACUCAGAAGACAAAGCACAGAGAGCGGAGUCAGAUGGUUGUUAGUUCCAGUUCUGGUACUAACUCCCAGUGUGGUCUGGUCCAAUUCACUUCACCUCUUGGCCUCGGUUCACCCCGCCACGGGAGAAAGCGCAACCUGGUCAUCAGGCUUUACACAGGCAGGGGGUGUCUCUAGUAGAUGUUUGCCUCACAAGCUGCUAUGAAAUGGUGACUAAGUAGAAGCUGUAAUUUCAGAGGUGUUUUUUUGUUUUUUAUUGUUACUGUUUUAAAGACAGAAGAAGAACAAUGUAUAAACUGAACCCUGACAUAAGCGUUUAGUCAAAAUUGGUAAGUAUAGACCUGAUACUAAUGGGCAACUUUCACCCAAAUCUUGCUUAAAUAUUUAACUCCCUCUGAGUCUUUGGGCCCUUUUUAAACUGGAAAGACUUCAGGCAGAUCUUUGACUUUAAACAGACAUGAAUAGUCACAGCACUUUUUUGAUGGGGGAACAAAGGCACAGACUGGUUGACUUUAUUGUGACCACCUGUCACCAGGAGCCCAUCAAUGAAACCUAGAUGAGCAGCACCAAGUCAUAAUUCUCAACCCAAAGUCCUCACACCUUAACGUACAUCAGAACUACCUGGUAGGGCAGGGCUUGAGUCAGGCUGCUGGGCCUAAUUCCCAGUAGGCUUGGAGUGGUGCUCAAAAUUUUACAUUUCUA